AUGUCAGUACGGUGCAGAAUGUUGGAAAGCUGUCGAUCAGUGGUGGGACAAUCCUUCAACUGCACAGCAAGUCGGAUCCGAACUGAAACCGCGGCCACAGACCACAGACGUCCACAGUUUGAGAAACCCAAUGACGGAACGACCAAAGACGACUACAUUCGUGUGCUUUGGACACUGGCAUCAGUUGUGAAGGGAUUCAUUAUAGCAAUCACUCAUUCCGAAGUUGUGUCAUGGGGACAGUCGUUUGAAAAGUUACUGCAUAGCAAAAAAGGCCAAGAAGUGUUUCGGCAAUUUUUGAGGUCGGAGUUUAGUGAGGAAAAUGUUCUCUUUUGGUUGGCCUGUGAAAAUCUGAAACAACAGACGGUACCCGACGUAGUGGAGGAGCUAGUUAGAACCAUCUACGAUGAUUACAUCUCCAUUUUCUCGCCUAAAGAAGUCAGCCUAGAUUCAGAAGUAAGAGAGAUAAUCGACAAAAACAUGCUGAAACCAAACAAAAUGACCUUUGACCUUGCCCAAAUUCAAAUUUUCACCCUCAUGAAACGCGACCCGUACCCGCGUUUCGUUGCGUCCAACCUCUACAAGCAGCUGCUCGAAGCUACCGCAGCUGUCGCCAGUGCCAACAGCUGCAGCAGCAGUAGUAAUAACUAUAAUUGUAGUAAUAAUAAUAACGAUGAUGUUAAUGACAAUAACAACAACAACAAUAAUAAUAAUAAUAAUAAUAACAAUAAUAAUAAUUCUAAUACCGAUAUUAAUAUAAUUAGCGUAUCGUCCAACAUUAAUAUCGUUAAUGUUACUACUGCUACUACAACUACCACCCCUACUACUACCGCUACUACUGCUGUUGUUGCAGCAGCUAUUACUACUACUGCUGUUGCUACUACUAGUAACAACAACAACAACAAUAAUAACAAUAACGCUCACGUGGUUUUUAAUAGUACCUCUAAAGUAUUGCCAAUACAUAACGCUAAUAAUAAUAACAAUCAUAAUAAUAGCCAAAGCAUUAAUUGCUGUAAAAUAGAUAAUAAUAAUAAUAACAACAACAAUAAUUAUGAUAAAAACAAUAAUAAUAAUGAUAAUAAUAGCUUAGUAAGUGAUGAUAAUAAAAUUAACGAUCAUCACAAUGAAAAGAGUAAAAAUUUGGUAUAUGAUAAUUGUAUUCUUACUACUGCUACUACUACUGUUACUACUACUGCAACUACCAUUACUACUACAGCUUUUACUACUACUACUCCUACUACUCUUAUUACUUUUGCUAUGGCAGCAACUUCUAAUUUUUCUGUCGUCACCA